GCUGCAUAUCUUCCAAGAAAAGCUCAUGUUUUCCGAAGGAAUUCAAGCGGAGGUGCUUUAUUAAGAGAACUAGGCAGGACAAACAUUAACAUGGCAAGCUCGGCUGUUCAGUUACUUGGCUUCUCCCUAAGCCUGCUCGGCCUAAUUGGAACAUUAAUUGCUACUAUUCUGCCACACUGGUGGCGAACGGCACAUGUAGGCACCAAUAUUAUAACAGCUGUGGCCUAUAUGAAAGGGCUUUGGAUGGAGUGUGUUUGGCACAGCACCGGCAUCUACCAGUGCCAAGUCCACCGCUCCCAGCUGGCGCUACCCCGUGACCUCCAAGUCGCCCGUGCCAUGAUGGUAAUUUCCUGCGUCCUUUCCGCGCUGGCAUGUGUGAUUGCUGUCAUUGGUAUGAAGUGCACUCAGUGUGCCAAGGGGACUUCUGCCAAAGCCUCCAUCGCAGUCUCUGGGGGGAUCGUUUUCAUCCUGGCUGGUCUUGUCUGCCUGGUACCUGUUUCUUGGACCACUAACGACAUUGUUAUAGAUUUCUACAACCCCGUGCUUCCCAGUGGGAUGAAGUAUGAGAUAGGUCAAGCUCUUUACCUUGGCUUUGUCGCCGCAUCUUUGACGAUCAUUGGUGGUGCUCUGCUCUGCACAUCAAGCCAGUGUCGUGGGAAUGAGACACCUUACCAGACACAGCCCAGCAGCAUAAGAAGGACUGCUCCCUCCUAUCGACCACCAACUGUCUACAAGGGAAACCAUGCUUCUUCCCUGACAUCUGCUUCCCAUAGCGGCUACAGAUUAAAUGACUAUGUGUGAGUUCCCUAACAUUUGCCUGUGAGACACAGCUGCUUUAUAAUUUCUGUGCAUGGCAUAAAACAAAGCUAAGCUAACUUCUAAGUUAUAAGGGUUACAAUACAAAGUUUACCAUUGUUUGUUUCUUCCUUUGCUUUCUUUCUGGAGAAAGAAAGAACGUGAACACAAAACUGCUUGCUGCAAAACCUGGAAAACAAAUACAGAGGAGGCUGUGGUAUUCCAGGGACAGCACAUACCUGCCUACUUUCAAUUAGAGUUUUCCAGGCAGCUCAAGAGCUGUUUUGCUAGACGUAAUGAUUUUGUUUGUAGUUUCCGUCCUGCGACAACCACUAAAGUGGAACUGGCCUCAACUUGUUGUUUGAACAGUGUUCCAACAAAAGAUGCCGUCUUGCCUAAACCAGAGAAUUAUGUGGCGAGACACAGUGAUUUUCCAGCAGUGACUGCCUGCUAAGUUUCUUUUUUCCAUAGUGCAUGAAUGAUUCGUUAUGACAAGGUAUUACUUUUGCUUUGACUUAACUUUUUGUUUGGUUUUUUUAUAGUCCCUUGAAAUAUGGAUUUCUAUAGCAUUGUGACAGAUGUAUUUGACAGUAUGUUAUAGCCAAUAUUUUAAAUUAUACUAUAAUGUUUUGACCUUAUCAAAAUAAAAUUUUAGCACAUUUUUAAAACAAGACAAUGCGUCAUAAUGGAAACAAACCAUCUCUGUGGAUCAGAAUUGGGUCUUUAGAAAUGUUGGGAGUAGAACAAAACUGGACAUUUGAUGUUAAACUUUAAUUAAAAAAAUAGAAAAAAGCAAGUAUCAGAAUUUGUCAAAGAAUGGGUAUUUAGCUCUUCAUCAGAUUUAGCUGUCUGUAUGCAUUAUACAGAGCAGAAAAACAGUUUCUAGAAUCCUGUCCCCAAAGACCAUGUGAUGAAAUGUACUAAUUUCUUAGGCUUUGUCCUGGAUCUUUUAUGCCUGGGAUCCUGACUGAUGGUGCAUUAGAGUUAGUAAGAAUAUUCCCAUCUACUCCAGCAGCAUUUGGGGCACUUCCAUUCACCCAGGCUUAGGUAAACAAGGCAGCCUCUGUGCCAGCAGAGGUUACACUCAGGGUUUGUAACUGUUGCCGGUCAGGUUGAGUAUAAAAUCAAGGCAUUUACUUCUAAAAUGCUUGCAAAAUGGAAUCAUUCCCCAGUGUGUUCAAACAAUUAAAAACCAAACUAAUGAACAAAGAACCCCAGCCAUCUCCAUUUCAUGUUACAGCACAGUCCAGUGCAGCACACACUGUGGUAUACAACUAUGACAAA